AUGGGAACUGCCGUGUCCAAGAGGAAGAAUUUAAGGAACGAUGCGAUUUCUUCUGUGGCCGCAAAAGUUAGAGCAGCCCGAGCAUUUGGAGAGUACCUGUCUCAGAACCACCCGGAGAACCGCAACGGAUCAGCUCACCUGCUGUCUGACACAUUCAUUGGCCAAGACACGGACUCCCCAGACUUAAGCCGGCUGCACAAUAAUAACCUUCACCCUUACCCGUGUGCUACGACUCCACCUGCCAAGCCCAGCCAAGCUCAGCCCAACCACCUGGCUCUACCCAACACCUCCACCACCUCCACCACCUCCACCACCACCACGGCGGGUGGAACCACCACCAGCGGCAGCGGCAGCGGCGGUGCCGGUACCGGUACCACCUGCUCGCUGUCCUCCAAGCGCCGCCUGUCGACGGAGCGCAGCUUCUCCUUCGAGAGCGACUCCCAGACGCCGUCGUCGUCGGCGGUACCGGCGCUACAGUCUCAGGCCCUGGCCGGCGGGAGGGUCAGCGUAUCAUCGGCGGCGUCCGAGGGGACGCACAAGCCGGCGCGCGUCUACACCAUCACGCGCGAGGGAGGCAUGCUGGGGGGCCGCGGCAGCGAGGAGAGCCUGGAGCUGGACGUGCUGAAGCCGGCCACUGGGGCCACCACCGCCACCGCCACGUCAGCCGCUACGCAGCCGGGUCUCGGCCAGCCUUCGGCGUCGCGCAGUCAUCACCGCGGCGGCGGCGGUGGGAGCGGAAACGGAAGCGGAAGCGGAAGCGGUCACCACCGCGGAGGGAGCAGCCACGGCCACGGUCAGCAGCAGCUCCAGCGGGCGGUCAGCCAGGGCCAGCACCAGGGCCAGCACCAGCACCAGCACCAGCCGCUGCAGAGCUCCAGGAGCGCCCACAACAUCCGCGAGUGGGGCGUGCGGCGGGGGGGCUCGCGCGAGGACUGCAGCCCCGAGUGCGUGACGAUGACGACGACGGCCUGCGUCCGGCCGCCCUGCCGCAGCCAGCGCUCGCUGGACCUGGACACCUCGCCGCGCGACACCGGACGCCACCGCAACAAGCUGGAGAGGGGCUACAGCGAGGACCGCACCUGCAUGGACGACAGAGAGGACAACGCCAACAACUGGUUCCCCAAGGAGAACAUGUUCAGCUUCCAAACAGCCACCACUACGAUGCAGGCUAUAUCAAACUUCCGGAAACACCUGCGCAUGGUGGGAAGCCGUAGGAUGAAAGUUCAGACAUUCGCCGACCGCAAAGCCAAGAGUUUCAGCCGCUCCUGGAGUGACCCCACCCCCAUCAAGCCUGACUCUCUGCACGACUCCAGAGACAGUGCGGACCUGCAGGCGUCGUCGGGGACGCUGGACGAGGUGGUGUGUGAUGACGUGGACUGGGAGGAGGAGAAGGAGGCCGAGAGACUGGCCUGCGAGGGCGACUUCAUCCCACCCAAAAUUAUGUUGAUUUCGUCUAAGGUGCCAAAGGCUGAGUACGUACCCAACAUCAUCCGCAGAGACGAUCCGUCUAUCAUUCCCAUCCUCUACGAUCACGAGCACGCCACGUUUGAUGACAUUCUGGAGGAGAUCGAGAAGAAGCUCACCGCCUACAGGAAAGGCUGUAAGAUCUGGAACAUGCUCAUUUUCUGUCAGGGAGGCCCAGGGCACCUGUACCUUUUGAAGAACAAAGUGGCCACAUUUGCAAAGGUGGAGAAAGAGGAGGACAUGAACAAUUUCUGGAGGAAGCUGAGUCGGAUGAUGAGCCUGCUGAACCCGGAGCCCAACCUCAUCCACGUCAUGGGCUGCUAUGUGCUGGGCAACACCAAUGGAGAGAAGCUUUUCCAUAACCUGAAGAAACUGAUGAGGCCGUAUGCCAUUGAGUUCAAGUCACCACUGGAGCUGUCUGCACAGGGUAAGGAGAUGAUCGAGACGUACUUUGACUUCCGCCUCUUCCGCCUGUGGAAAUCCCGUCAGCACUCCAAGCUCCUUGACUACGAUGACCUUUUGUGAUGCGUCUGGCUUGGAGGCGUAGAGAGAGAGCUUUCGUCGGCGAGGCAGCUCGUCGUGUCAUUUUUUUGAAGAGCCCUUUUGGUGGUGACGGUGGUGGUGACAUUUCCUACCAUGGCCAGGGCCGGCCACAAGUCUUGAUGACGGUGACCAGGACAGCAAAGCUGGACGAGCGCGCU